GUUUUCAGGCACGUGAGGCGCAGGCGCGCCGCCGUUGCAUGGUCGUGGCUAGUGCGAAGCCCGUCGGAAAAGCCUUUGCUCCGGUAUGGGCAGCUUUUAUUAGGGGAUAUCCAUUAGACUGAUUUCACAGUCAUUAUUACAAUGUAUUUUUAACCAAUCAAAGAUUUUCAUUAUUGGCGCCUAUAACUCAAAGAGUGGUCUCGAUUCGAUCUUAUUUGGCAGCAAAAUCAUCACAACUCCAUUGGUGAACCCCGGAUAUGCUCGCCGACAUACCAUGAGGCCCUUCGCCAACCAAGCUUGUGCACGCGUACAUGUACGGAGCUCUCGCCCGAAGAUACCAAAAUGCCUAUUUUCAUCAUCUCAAGCGGCCAGUAAACAGUUCAGAGGGCCAGAUAGACGUAAGCUACGGCUUGGCCAACCUGGUCUGGACGAAUCAUGGAAACUCAAGCUGGCGCGGAAACGGGCGAAAAGGGAGGCUGAUGAUGCGAUACUCGAUGGAAAGGAUAAGCGUACGCAAAUGACGCUUUAUAGGGGUCGGGACUACAGUGGCAGACACGCGACGUUUAAGCAAACUAUUGUCCACAAAUUACAAGUCAUUGUAAGCGACCUCAUCAAAAGUUCCGAGUCAUCCAGUGGCAAACGGAGAGAUGAGAUAUUUGCUCAGUCCAAGCUGUUUAUGGAAGCCAUUGACGAUGCUUUUGAGCUCGCGGAACGCAACCAAACGGACAAGGCACGCAAUAGCCUCUUUUGGACGCUAAGAGAUGCGUUCAUCAACAAAGAGCUUAAAGGGCUCACCCAAGAGCUCAAGUUUUCAUUCCAGGCGUUUAUGGCCCGCUCGCGGUUCUCCCCAAUUAUGGAAAAAAUCCAAGCGGAAAUGCUUGACUUCCGGUUUCCUCAGGAGUGGUUUCCGGCGACACGGACAAUGCAGCGUAAGAUCCACGUUCAUGUUGGCCCAACAAACUCCGGAAAGACGUACAAUGCUCUACAAGCACUGGAAAAAUCCAAAAAUGGUGUAUAUGCUGGUCCUCUGAGACUUCUUGCAACAGAAGUUUACCAGCGUCUGAACGCAAAGGGCCGCGCUUGCGCUCUCAUAACGGGCGAGGAAGUACGCGUACCAGAAGAUACAGAUCAGUAUUUGUCGAGCUGUACGGUCGAGAUGGUUCCGAUGAACACCAAGUUCGAUGUUGCGGUUAUCGACGAAAUCCAAAUGAUUGCGGACAGAGAUAGAGGCAGUGCUUGGACUUCAGCGCUUCUCGGCGUCCAGGCUGACGAGGUUCAUCUCUGUGGUGAAGAGCGGACGGUAAACCUGAUUGAGGCUAUAUGCGCCGGAACAGGUGACCAGGUCUUCGUCCAUCGCUAUGAGAGACUGAGCCCGCUCAACACUAUGGACGAGCCUAUCAAACCCGAUUUUAGCAAUCUGCAAAAGGGCGAUGCCGUGGUCGCUUUUAGCAGACUCGCCCUUCACGCAUUGAAGCGAACAAUUGAAAUGAAGACACGCAAACGUUGUGCUAUUGUCUAUGGCUCAUUGCCGCCUGAAGUCCGAGUGCAACAGGCUGCUCUUUUCAACGAUCCUGAUAAUGACUACGACUACAUUGUCGCAAGUGAUGCUAUCGGUAUGGGCCUGAAUCUCAACAUCCGCCGCGUCGUGCUUGAAUCCAUCACUAAGUUCGACGGGUCUCAAAACAGGCUUCUCUCGUAUCCUGAAAUUCGCCAGAUCGGAGGCCGCGCCGGCCGCUACCGAACUGCAACCAGCGCCAUCCAGCAGGCUAAAAAGCAGGCCAAUAUAGAGGAUGCCCAUCAGGAUGCUACGGGCAAGAAGCUAACGCUUGACGAUCGCCGGUCUAUACAGAAACAGUUGGCAGAAGCGGAUGAAUCAUCUGGAUGGGUCACAACGCUUGACAUGCAAGACUUACGUGCUGUGCGCCGCGCCUUCACUCGAUCUGUCAGCGAUCUAGACCGAGCGACUAUUCAGCCACCCGCUGGAGUUGUCGAGCGAUACGCCUCUUACUUCCCUCCCAACACUCCCUUGUCGUUCAUCUUGCAACAGAUUCGAUCAUCUGCCAUCACAAGCGAUACCUUCAACAUCCAUGUGCCUUCCGACCUCCUUGAGAUUGCGGAUAUCAUCCAGGAUAUUCCCCUUACAAUCUUUGACCGUCUCACCUUCUGCUUUGUUCCAGUAUCCCUUCGCGGCGAGCAAGCGAUUCCCAUUCUCCGGGCCUUGGCCAACAUAGUUGCGAAUAACUCUGAAGGCGAUCUGCUCGCAAUCAAGGAAAUUCCGCUGGAAAUCCUGGAUAUCGAUCCAGCUACGAUAGAAGGUGGAUAUAUGCAGUACUUGCAUAAACUAGAGUCUCUGCAUGUCGGCAUUAACCAAUACAUCUGGCUCUCGUAUCGUUACAGCGGCAUGUUUCGAAGCCAGCCACUUGCUUUCCAUGUCCGGUCGCUGGUGGAGCAAAAGCUAAUUGAGACUCUGGACAAGCUGGACUUUACACCCGAGGAGAUGGAGACGAGACGCAAGAAGAAGCGCCGAAUGGCAAAGGUCCGAGAACGCCGAACGGGCAUUGUGCAGGAAGACGAUGGCGAGCGAGAUGUUGACAUGGCAGAGCCACUCCAAGAAGCAAAGGUGCAAGCAUAACCGCAUUGCGUGUGCCGUGACCAUCCCUUCAUGUAAAUAUCAUACUUCGGCUAAAAUAGCUCGAUGUACCUGUAAUAUAGAGUGUACUACUAGUAAAAGUUUAUAUACAUAUAUUUCUUCUCUACACAGUUAA